UUGGCCCCGAUUUGGCGACAGAUUCGCUUCAUCCUCAUCCAGAACCGGGCCGGCAAGACCCGCCUGGCCAAGUGGUACAUGCAGUUCGACGACGACGAGAAGCAGAAGCUCAUAGAGGAGGUUCACGCCGUCGUCACGGUGCGCGACGCCAAACACACCAAUUUCGUGGAGGUGCUGAACGAGUAUUUCCACAACGUCUGCGAGCUCGACCUCGUGUUCAACUUCUACAAGGUGAGCGGCGCCGGCGUGCCCGUUUCGGGGAGAUUUACCCCAAUUCUGGUGUACACAGCCCUGCGACCGUGCGCCCACCUGUAUAUCUCCACGUACUGGCUGGUGUAUACCCCUAUACGCCUGUGUGCAUGCCUGUAG